AUGUCCGCGGACAGCCACCACAGCUGCGAGGCGGCGCACGCGGCCGCCGUCGCGGACGCGGACGCGUUUUUCGGCUGGCCCUCCGCCGCGACCGUGGCCGCCGGCCGGCGCCUCCGCUGGAUCGCGUGCCCCGGGGCGGGAGUGGACAAGAUCGUCAAGGCCGAGACGACGCGCCGCCGCGCGGGCGUGACGCUCACGAACGCUCCGGGGACGCACGUCGUCGCCAUGGCCGAGCACGUGCUGGGCUCGAUGGUUUCGUUGGCGCACCGCUUCCACGACAUGGAAGCGGCGCGCCAACGCGGCGAGUGGGACACGCAGCGCUGGAAUGGUAAAAUCCUCGAGCUCAGCGCGAAGACCGUCUUCGUCUUCGGCUACGGGGACGUGGGCAAGGCCGUCGCCAAACGAGCGGAGGCCUUCGACAUGACCGUCACGCACUCGACGCGUUCCUCGACGGCGGAGGAAAUCGACGCGCUCUGCGGGAGAGCGAACUUUUUGGUCAUCGCGGCGCCGAUUAACGAGGCCACGAAGAACGCCUUCGACCGGCGGCGCCUCGCGCUCCUGCCGAAGGACGCGGUCGUCGUCGUCAUUUCGCGCGGCGGGAUCGUCGACGAGGACGCGCUCUGCGACCUGCUCGAGAGCGGCGCGCUCGCCGGGGCGGCGCUCGACAGCACGGCCGUGGAGCCGCUCCCGAAGGCGUCGCGGCUCUGGUCCCUGCGGAACGUCAUCCUCACGCCCCACGCGUCCGCGCUCUCGGCAGAGCUCUUCGAGCGCCGCCGCGCCGUCUUCGAGGCGAACCUCGACCGGUUCCUCCGUGGCGACGCCCUCGAGAACGCCGUCGACAUGGCGACCGCGUAUUAA